AUGGGCAGUGGUGAUGGCGACGGAAGCGUUGCUGCUGCGGAGGGUGCUGGUUCCGGUGAGACUCUAGGUGCCGGUGGUGCCGAUGCCGCCAGUGUUGGUGGUGGUGGUGCCGGUACUGCUGUCCACCCUGCCGCUGCUGCCCUGCAAGCACUCGCCCUCGCGUCGCUGCCGCCACCCUCGGUUGUGCCAUCUAUCGCAGCACCGCUGGUAUCGGAGGCAACAGCAGCGCUGGCAUCGCUGACAGCAGUAUCUGCAGAAUCAGUGGCAUCAUCAGAAUCCCCGACCUCCCAAUCCCCACCCUCACAAUCCCUGCCCGCCCAGUCCCAGCCCUCACAGUCCCCGCCCUCUCACCUGGCUGCUGACGUCGUUGCGGACGUGGCAGGAGACGUGGCUAGAAUUGGGGGAAUUCCCAGCGAGCCCCUGCUGGGCGCGCCGUGGAGCCCCAACGGCAGAAAGUACCUUCUGGCGCUCUGCUCCACUGGCGGGAUGUCCAACCAUCUCUUCUGUCUGCGGGAGUUCGCGCUGAUGGCAGGCGCUCUCAACCGAACGCUCGUGGUGCCCAUGGGGCCACACGAGCUGACCCUGCCGCUCUCCCUCGUGUUCGACAUGCCCUUCCUGCGCGCCUGCUAUGGUCCCAAGACUGCCCUCACCCUCGACGAGUACAAGCAGUUCGUGGGUAGGGGCAGCAUGAAAGUGACCCACGUGCUGUGCCUCGUCAAGGGCUGCCACCUCGUGCCUGACGCUGGUGAGUGGGGCGCACAGAGGGGAGAAUGGCAGCAGGUGGGGGAGAAAGGGCUGCACUGGGGGGCCAGGGCUGCACAUCGCUGGCGUUCUGAGACGUCUCAGAACCCUCUUCCCCGCCCACCUCUGCACGCCACCCUUGGGCAGCAGCAGCACCAGUGGGGCAGUUUGUGGCGAGCAAGGGGCGCCUCAGCCUGGCAAACGCAGGGGGGCAUUUUUAGAAGGGUUUUGAGACAACAAUCCCCUCUUACCCACCUUCUUCCCCACCCCCAUUCCUCCCUCUUCUACCACACUCCCCUUUCCCUCCCUUUCCCCUUGCCCUCCUCCUCUUCCCCCCCUUCCUAUCCCUUCCCUCAUCACCCCUCUCGUGCACCACCCCCAGGCAGCAGCACCACGCAUGGCGGGCAGUUCAAGGCGAGCAAGGGGCGCAUCAGCCUGGCAAACGUGACAGUGCCGGCAGUGGAGCAGUGGGCGUGGUCUGGCCUGCCGGACAAGCACUCGCUGCAAGGUGGGCAAUGCUGGGCUGGGCUGCAGUGCUGUAUGCUGGGUUGGGCUGGUGCUGUGUGUGUGGGGCUGGUCUACGGUGCUGUGUGGAGACCAACGCUUGGGCUGCCUGCUAUGGUGGAGAGGUCUGUGCCUGUGCUGUGCGCCGAUGAAGGCCUAAAAAGCCGAAACGCGCCGUUCCUCAAGGUGUACAGCCGAGUGCCGAACGGUGUGCUGAUGAUCGGCGAGUUCAAGAAGCAACCCAUCACGGAUUCAAUCUUCUUUCGAAUGCUCUCCCCAAUGGACCUGCCGUUCCUGCUGCCACCACCACCGGGCAAGCAGAGGGGGAGGGCCAAGCCUGCCAAGGUGGUGCCACGAGAAACGUGCCUCGUGUCUCCAGCCAUCCGGCCGCCUGAGCCACUGAUAGCAGCAGCGCGGCACAUAGUGCAGCUCAAUCUGCUCAACGGCCAGUUCCUGGCAGUGCAAUUCAGGAGGGGCGACUUUAAGGACUACUGCCAGAAGAAG